AUGGCACGGUCUGAAAUUGACUUGCGCGAAGGAAAACGCAUUUUCACCAAGCGAUGCCCACAUAUGGGCUCUUGCACAGGAACAAAAUGCGCUCUAAUAAACGAGUCCACCUUAACCGAAACUGCGACAAGGAAAUCAAUAUCCAGGCAGAACGGGGUGCUUGGAAUCAUGUGGUGGGUUAGGCUGCGACUGUUUCUAUCCAAGUUCUGGAUAUUUAUUUUAUCGCGUUUAUGCCAUCCCACAAAAUUCCGAAAUAUACGAAGUGUUUCGCUGUGCGCAAUGGAAUGA